CAGUAUAAUUUUUUGAUCUUGAAAAAUGUCUGCAAAUAGAUUCAUGCUUGAAGGUCCUUCUUACCAGGAUCAAUUCUCAGAAGACGAGGAUGAGGACGUGGUUCGUGCUAUUGAACUCUCUCUUCAAGAAUCAAAGGGAAAAGACAUAUAUAUAGAUUUGGAGUUUCACCAGAAUGAUGAAGUAGAAAUACUUGCACAAGUGCUGGAAGAAAGCACAUUAUCUUAUGCAGAAUUGAGCACUAGCACUGAAGGCAGCGAACUGAAAUGGUGGAAACUAUUCAAGGAGUUUAAUCCAUCUGUCCAUACAUCAAAGGGCACUUCUUGGUGGAGAAAGAGUAGAAAGCGGUGCAAUACUCUUGUUUGUGAUGUAUGCGAGGAACAAAUUAGCUCGGAGUGGUUAAGGUGUGCCUACUGGGGCCAGACUGUCUGUAAAAAGCAUAUAUCAGAUGGAACUCCCUGCUGCUGUGCCUGUUCUAGAUUUAAGAUAGGAGACGUGAAGUAUAUCACUCUGAGUGAUGGUCGACAACUUUGCCCUGAUUGUCGUUAUACAGCAGUGAUGGAUCCUGAAGACUGUAAGCCCCUUCUUGACGAAGUUCACAGAUUUUUCAAAGGAUUAAACAUGAAAAUCAGAUAUUACAUUCCAAUUCUGCUAGUUGACCAAGAAGAGAUAAUCAGAAUCCAUAAAAAGAGCAUACUUGGCUCGACGAUUUAUGAGAAAUUUGAACUGGACGCGGUAAAUUAUGUUUCAAAAUCAAUACAAAGGGGUGAAAAUGUUGAAGUGGUGAAAGAAGUAGAACAACUGCCUCCAGGACGCAAAGUGAGAGCAGUGCUGCUUUUAUACGGCUUUCCAAAGUUGGCCAUCGGAUCAACUUUGGCUCAUGAACUGAUGCAUGCUUGGAUGCGCGUUCAAGGCUAUAGAGGACUGGCCCUAAACAUUGCAGAAGGUCUUUCUCAGGUUAUGGCUCACAAGUGGCUAGAAUGGCAAUCUUUCACCGGCAAUGACUACAUGAAGGGUACAAGUGAAAAAGCUCAGUUCUUGAGAAAUUUGAAAGAAUUUAUGAAAGAUGGAAUAGAGAGAAGAUAUUCUGAGGCAUAUGGUCAUGGAUUUAGAGAAGCAAAAUGGGCAGUUGAACGUUAUGGUUUAAUAUACACACUCGAGCAUAUAGCUCGUAAGGGCAAGUUACCUGAAUGACUUAAUUCAGCAAAAUGGGCAGUUGAACGUUAUGGUUUAAG